AUGCCUACGCCGGAUUCUGAAGAAAAUGUACCCUUUAUGGGCGACAAGACGCGAGACUCGGACCAGCGUACUGACCGGGCUGUUCUUGUUCGGAGACUUCAGCAGAAUGUCGUCUGUGGUGUUUUGGGAUUCAUUUCCUCUUCGUUGAUUUUCCUCACUAUUCUACUCUUCACCAGGCUCCCAACAAACACCACCACCUGUACCAAGCCACAGGUACUGCCCGGCCAGAGUUUUUGGCCAGAGAUUCCCGACUUUGCGCGAGUCUUUGUGGACGACAAGGACUGGAUAGACGCGGGCGAAAUUGGCGACGUGCUUUGGCAUGAUCUUUUGCCGGUUGGCGGGGGCUUUGUACCGAUACCCUGGCCGCGAAACUAUGCCUUGCCCGAAAGCGCUCCCUUGGAGGGGAACCCAGAGCAAGCAGAGCUUUAUGCUACGUCGAGUGUACAUCAAUUACAUUGCCUGGCAACCAUGCGAGAGACGAUCAAGUCCUAUAGUCAGGGCGAGGAACCAUUAUAUAGCAGUGGCCAUGCCUACCACUGCUUAAACUAUUUGAGGCAGGGUGUGCUGUGCGCAGCGGACACAACCCUUGAGUACGGACAUCCUGUUUGGAACAAGGAGAAGACAUCUAUGGAAUACGACUUUGCUGGGAAUGGUGUGGUGCAUCAAUGUCGAAACUGGAAUACUGUGAAGGAGUUUCUUGUGAACCAUCGUACUCCUGAUAAACAGUCGAUGAACUAG